AUGGCCUCUCAUAAUGUCAUGAAUCUGGCGCGUGAUGUAAAAUCAGCCGCAGUCAGAGAUCGCGAAAAGGCUGUCGAUGAGUUGUCGCAUCUUCUCAAUCCACGAAACCGAUCUACAAACCUUUCCGACCUUGGCGAUAAGAGCUACCAUGAAAUAUUUGAAGCAAUCUUCAGUUUUGUGCUUCGAGAGAAGCCAGCUCUCUCCGAUAGGAAAAAGUCCCAGACGACGUUGAAUUCUACAGCAACUCGUUUAUCAAAAUGCGCCGAGGCCGUGCGCAUGGCUGUAGGACGUGGCAACUCAAAGAUCGGGCGGAAAACACUACUGGCGAUCGUGGAUCACAUCACUCAAGUUCUUCCUGGACCUAACGGUGAUGAUUUCGUGACUCCUUUGCUCCAGGAUUACAUCAAAGCUUUGACCGAGGUGCUUUCAAGGCCUGCACAUGUGGAAAUACUAGCCAGAAAGGGAGGCCAGCAUUGGGAAACUUGCGUUGGCUUCUUCCUCGACGUUGCCCAGUAUCUUCUUCCUGAUGAAGCAGAUAUCUCAACUUUGUCAUUGGCUCGGGCAUCGCCAGCCCUGGCUCGAUCAUCACCAGCACCAGGAUCGGGAUACAGUCGAUCUGGUGGACGAUCCACACCUUCAACUCAAAGCCAAAGAAGAGCUGCACCUGGAGAGGGCGGUCUCCUCAAGGAUGUCUUGGAAGGACUGUACUAUCUUGUUAUAGGCGGCAACGCGCCCAUACUCCGGCAAUAUAAAGACAUCACUCCAGUAGUACUGAGAGUCUUGAGUCUGAAACAGUUGAGUCUCGGCUCUUUGCAGACUUUGGCGUUUGCCAUUAUCAAUACAGUCUUCACUACCACGAAUACCGACGACUUGGCGCAUGCCAGCUCUGUUGUGCAAAGCAUAUUGCCGCUAAUGAGCUACUGGUGGCGAUGCGAGAAGGUUUCUCAAGACGAAGUCAUCAGGGCGCUCAGGAUUGAGAUCUCUAGAAGCAUUUUUUCAAUGCACCUUCACAUCGAGAAUUUAGUCAUCAACUCCUCGGAUGAAAAGAUUCGCUCAGACCUCGAGGAAUUGACUGAGAAUAUCUGGUCGGAGUAUUCAAGGCGUAGCGAAGCUUUCCGUCUACAAAUGAGCGACAUUACUUUUGCUUUGUCCUCUUUGCCGACAUAUGGGCUACAACUGAAUAUGUUCGGCCUGCGCGCUCACAACGUUUAUGGAGAAGGCCAUUGGGCUGUUAUUCAAAACCUAGCGUUCCUAGAAGGCAUCAUGCUAUUACCUCAGUCUAGAACCCCAGCAGAUGAUGCAGAACAAAGUGAGCAGCGAAGAAAAAGGCGGCGAAUCGAGCAAGAUAUGAGUCGUAUCCAGCUUAAGCUCAAGACUAUCGAAGUAGGAGUUCGGGGAACUGCUUUACAGUUGAUUCCCUUUCUCUUAGCUGACAACUCGCUGAGCCGUGACGAGCUCGUUGACUUGCUACCUGAGUUGGCGUCAUUGACAACUGACAAGAACCCUGUCACGGCUUCUUGGGCCCUCAUAGCCUCUGCAAGCUGUUUAAGUAAAUCGAAGGUCUGUUACGAUCAAAUAGAUGUCUGGCGUCAGCUGUGGCACUUUGCUAUACGUUCUGUCAGUCUGCCAGGAACAAGUCGAGCGGCCAGCGUGCUCCUGCAUGCGAUACUUGAGGCCGACGUUCUACCUUAUCACACAAUUUCCCAAGACAUCAACAAUAUGGUCACGACUGCAGAUGUCAACGGACCCAGUGUUCUAUGCGACACCUCAAUCAGCUUGAUAUUUCAUGUUCUUCAAUUGCGAAACGCACGAGUCCCUAGCGCAAGUCAAAGUACAUGCCACCACAUCAUCCGAUGGGUGUUUCUUCGUUGGAAUCCAAACGAAUCUACAUUUGCAUCCUACCACUCUAUGCAUGCUCAACCAAUUCAGUUGGUGAAUUUGAUUCGAGCCUGUUGUGGGACAACAGCCCUGGAAUUGAACUCCCAUCAAGCGGCACCCGGAGGUCCAUUGACCGAGACAUGGAGCUCAUUCAAGCAGACUGAAAAGUUUACUCGAUACGUUCUCCUUGCAAAAGAUGAAUCCCAUGAUGCCGAUCCCAUUGGCUGCUGCAACCUUUCAGAGCAGUCUGAUCCGGCUUCGUUGGUCGAUGCCAAUUCACGUUAUGCUUCCCGGAAACUGACACUCGAGCUAUUCUACCCCAAGCUGAGUGAGCUAUCUGAGCUCUGCACAUCCUGGACCAAGAAACCGAAUGAAGGUGGUAUACAAAUUUCGUUCGAUCGCUUCCAAAGUCUUCUAUCGGCCUGCUUGGCCGGUACUCUGCUACUUCCCAUAUUUGGUGACCUGAACUCGACUCAGUCCUCUUCAGUUGAUUCUACACUGAAUGAUAUCCUGGACAAAGCGCUGAAUUCUGCUUUGGCGUCAGUUGAGCCUACUGCCUUUGUUGAUUCAGUCCUACGAGUCGUUCGAGCUGUGAUGCCAGACAUGAUAACGUCGGGUUUGAAUCGAAUGCAGGCAAACAACCCAGAUCUGUUUCGUUUGUUCGGCAGGAUAUGGAAGUCUGUUGGUCAGCAAAAGGAUCAAACAGGCCCUGACAACAACAUCGACUUAAUGGACAUUGAUGAGGAUUUCGACUCCCAAAGCAGCAGAGCAAGCUCAGUGCAUGCGCCAGUGGCAGCUCCACGCUUCAAUAUUCAAAUGAAGCUGGAUAUGCAGGCUUUCUAUAUUGAGACAAAGGCCCGGCUUCGAUUCCUGUCCAUAUUAGAUAGCGAUUUCGGACAGAUUGGUCUUGUCCCCGAUACGUACGUGGAUCAUCUCAUCAAAAUGCCUGACGAAGACCUCUUGAUGUGUCAAAGCCUGCUGCUUGAACUCUUUGGCUCCGAUCUUGUCAUUACGCCAGAAAACGCCUUGUCAAUCAUUGAAAGAUUAGGGGAUUGCAUCAGUCUGUCUGAAUAUCAAUGCGCCGAAGUUGCUUUGAGCACCUGUAUCGGGGUGAUCGAUGGACUACAUUCAAUCUGGCUUAACGACAAACAACAUCUUUCCGAACGAGUUGGCGACCUUUACUAUCACUUCAUCAAAGUAUGUUUAACUUCGAACAUAUUUUCGCCCGGCAUCCAGAUGUCAAUGGUCCAGCUCCUGUUUACUCUAGUACGAACCAACACGGAAUAUGGCAAAGACCAGGGCCUUGAUUCACCGCGAACUUGUCUUCUCUACAUCCUGAAAAAUGGACCCAUGUCAGUGAAGUACACCAUCUCGCAAAAGAUUGCCGACAUCUUUGACUUGUUUGUUCUCAAACUUCACGACGAAGUAUUUGUGGAUGUUCUGGAUAGCUUGCCGACUGAUCCCUUGGACACUACUGGCAUCGCAUUUCGUCUACUGGUACUGUCGAACCUUGCCUGCAGAUGGUCGACUUUACUUCGGAGGUGCACUUAUCACAUCUUUGAAACGCCAGGGAAGAUUCCAAGAUCAACGGAUUAUGCGACUCGGUGUUUGGUGAAUGUGUCGAGAACGCUGAACCUGGAGUCGCCGAAGGCUCUGUUCCGGUUAUUCUCUCGGCAACUUCUAUACACAUGGCUUGAAUAUGACCGCAUCGAAGAUAUCCCAUUCUCUAUAUUUGGCUUCAAAACACUUGGAGAUCUGCUCAAAUCUGCACAGUCCGAAGCCAUUGGACUUACUGUGAUGCGUGGGCAGGAUCAAACAUUUGCAGAGGUUUGCCGUCUUCUGGGCAGUUCUGAGAGCGAUCUCGUCCGUGAAAACUUCACUACUGCUGUUGCUUACAGCAUGAUCUUUGGUGACUCGAAUGGGGGCGAUGACAAGGAGCGUGGCGAGGCACAUGCCAAAAGGCUGCUUGGGCGCACAUCUUAUAUGGAGUUGAUUUACAUUAAUUUCGUCGACAUCGCAGCACUGUUCUUCGACCUCAUCGAUCAGGAGAACUCUUUUGAAAGGGUCUUCGCCAGAUUCAAGCUCGAUUACGCUGGCCAGAUCCUGAGCGCUGUCAAGGCUAUUUCUCACUCUCCCGCCGAGUUACCAGCUAACCAACAGCCAAUGUUCAAGGCCAAGUACCUGAUCAACGAACUUCACAGACUCUGUCAAAAUACGGAGUUUCAAUUCCAUGAUCUGUGGACGCCUCCCGUGGUUGUCUCCAUAGCUCGCAAGCUUCUCAAUACCGUUCAUCCGGCUUUAGGGCCUCUGCAUGCCUGUUCUGUCCUUCGAAAAGUACGGGUUCUGAUCUCUCUUGGUGGCUCAGUUGCCUUGGAGUCCUACCCCCUGGAAAUGCUUCUGAAUGCUACCCGUACAUUCAUCACCGACUCCGAAUGUGCAGACGAUGCGUUGGGAAUCAGCCAAUAUCUUCUCGCUGAAGGAGCUAGACACCUUAGCAAUGUUCCAUCAUUUCUUGCAGGCUAUGCCUUGUCAACCUUGGCAUCACUUCGAGUCUUCUUAGAGUCGAGCCAGUCUAGCACAACUCAGGAAAGCCAGUUUAAGGCUACAAUGAGCAAAGCAGAAAAGUUUCACGUAUGGAUCAGCAAAUAUCUUGAGGAUUAUGAAUCGCCCAUGUUUAAGAAUCUUGAGCAAAGGAGCGCUUUCAAGUCUAUCACUCGAUCUGCCGCUCGCAUUCGAUCUUCCGGGAAUGCUGAACGAGGAACCGCGGAGAGCAAAUUGUUGUUGGACAUUUUAGCCGACCAGGGUGCAGAUCAUCAGCUACUAAACGAACCUUCACGGCAACUCGCUCUCGGUCUCCUUUGUGGCGAUUUUAGCAUCCCCGAGACGAUCAAGGACGACAUUAUUGAGUCUGACGAGGAUGCUCUGAAGUACUCAACAGCUGUGUGGAAGAGUUGCGAUACUGGAAACCUUAGCGAAGAAUAUCUCUCAUGGGCAGGCCGAGUCGUUGGACGGGCCUUCUCAGCAUCCGGGGAGAUCCCAACUGGUGUGCUACGCGAAUCAAAUCUUAGCCAAUACCAGAAAAUGGCACCAGGGUCGAAUGGCUCAGAGACCGGAAUACUUUACCUUCUGCAGGACCUCACCUCCAACCCUGAUUCUAUUACCGCGGGUCUGGCUGAAGCUGCCCUGAGAUCUAUCGUCUCAGAUGCCAACAACCUAGAUGAUGAGCUACUGGCUAUUGCAUGUCAAAAAAGUCUGACGGAGUCUCUCUUAGUCACGUCUCAAUGGGGCACACAUAGAUCGCCUCCAUCAGACAAGGGUCUCAUAACACCCACAUCGUCGCCAAAUCAGCCGGAUGUCUGGUCUACAGAUAUCACGUCGAAAGACUGGCUUCUAAACCUGAGUGCACACCUCGCUCGGUACGUCCCAGAGUCGAUUAUUCUCUCUGUUCUGGCUCCUAUUCUCGCUAGAGUUGAGCACUUUGCAGAGAGGGCUUUUCCCUUUGUUGUUCAUCUUGCACUUUUCUUUACAAGAAAUCAACAACAUUCACCUAAGCGCCAACUAUCUGUGGCAAUCAAAAGCUGGCUCGAAUGCACAGUUGCAGCAGCCAAGGAAAACCAGAAGUUACUCAUCAACAUGCUAUUAUAUCUUAGGACGCAGCAAUAUCCAAAGGAAUCAUCAAUAGCUGACAGAUCGCAUUGGCUAGAAGUUGAUUCCGCUUUGGUUGCUGCGGCAGCGUCACGCUGCGGCAUGUACAAGACAUCUCUGCUGUUUGUAGAAUACGUCCCUCCAGAAACUACACGUUCUUCAAGAACGUCUUCUGCAGCAACAAAGGAGGUGGAUAUGAGCGAAACUCUUCUCGCAAUCUUUGAGAACAUUGAUGACCCAGAUGCAUACUAUGGACUACCAGAGGAGCCUAGUCUGUCAAAGAUUCUUGCUCGCGUGGAGUACGAGAACGAUGGCCCCAUGAGUCUUGCAUUUCGAGGUGCUGAGUAUGACAGUAAUGUUCAUCUUGGAAACCCUAUGGCUCAGUCAGAUGGGCAGGCUUUGGUCAGGGCUUUCAGCACGCUUGGCUUGUCCGGACCUUCAAACUGGUUCCUCCAAACACAGGACAACAUGGAAACAUCCCCACCUGUCCUCGAGGAUACUUUUAACACAGCCAGAAAGCUUGGGAUUUGGAACCUGCCUGCACCUCCGAGUGACCAUCAUGCGGUCACAGUGUUUAAAGCGUAUCAGAGCAUUCAUCAAGCGACAGAUAUCGCCACUGUGAGAGCUGCUGUGCAUGAUGGUUUUGGUCGCACAAUGAGUAGCUUGGUAGUCCACAGCCUGAACGCAACGGCCCUGAGGAAGCGUCUAGGAGCUCUAGCUUCUUUAACGGAGCUUGACGAUGUUCUUGGCGUUUCUGACAGUUCGGAAAUGAAUCUCCUCAUUGAAAAGUUCAAGAAUCGAAGUGACUGGAUGAGAAGCGGGUUAUACGAGAGUGUUGGCCAGAUCUUGUCUUGUCGUAGCACGACAAUGAGUAUGGUCAGCCAACAAAAUGCCUUGCGAACGAAUAUCAAACUUUCCGCAGCUACGGCAAGGCAAAUGGAGGUUGAGUCAAUGAUCACCGCUUCUCAGAUAUACCGAUACCAUCAAGCGACGCAGGAGAGCCUCAAGAUCUCCACUAUACUCACCAAGCUCAUACCAUCGUGUACAGCACUGGACCUGCAUGUGGAUGCAGCUGUUACCGUUGAGGCGGCUAAUUCUGCCUGGGACUAUGGGCAGAUGAGUACAUCCAUCCGUAUGCUUCAGGAUAUCGACAAAGAUUCUGUGCUUGAGAAGCAAACUCUCCCGGUCAGUCGAUCUGAUUUGCUUUCGAAGAUCGGUUACCAAGUGUCCGUUGCACGCCUCGAAAAACCACAUGAUAUCCAAAAGAACUAUCUGGAGCCUGCGUUGAAGGAGCUCAAAGGCAAGGGUCAAGGCCGGCAAGCUGGCUCUGUAUUCCACCAGUUUGCUAUGUUCUGCGAUCAGCAGUUGCAAGAUCCCGAUGGAUUAGAGGACUUGGCAAGACUCCAGAACCUGAAGAAAGCGAAGAGUGAUGAAGUAUCGGAACUGAAAACCCUUAUUAGUGGCACCAGGGACACUCAACUCAAGACCAGGUACUCACAUGUUCUGAACAAAGAGAAGCAGUGGCUCAAUCUUGAUGAGCAGGAGUUGCGACGAGUUGAACAGACGCGCAGUGAGUUUGUUCGCCUGAGUCUCGAGAACUAUCUUUUAUCUCUCAUUGCGUCUGAUGAACACAAUAACGAUGCUCUCCGGUUCACAGCUCUUUGGCUAGAACGAUCGGAAGAGGAAAGCACAAACCAAGCAGUCAUGCGACAUCUAUCAGAAGUCCCAACCAGAAAGUUCGCUGGCCUCACCAACCAGUUGACAUCGCGACUCCAAGACAACAACACCACAUUUCAGAAACUGCUGUUAGAGCUAGUCUACAAAAUUUGCGUGGACCAUCCCUAUCACGGCAUGUAUCAAAUAUGGUCUGGAACAAAGGCAAAGGCACAGCAAAAAGAUGAUGUCGCUGUCUUGCGCGUCAGGGCAACAGAUCGCGUUGCCAAAAGUCUAGCUGAGACGCAAUCCGUGGCCAACAUUUGGCUCUCGAUCGACAAGACAAGCAAAUAUUACCAUGCUCUCGCAAUGGAUCGAAAUCCAAACAAGUACAAGUCAGGUGCAAAGAUCCCGCUCAGAGAUUCCACACCUGGCCACAAUCUUGUCAACUGUCUGGCAAAAUAUCGUAUCCCUUCUCCCACUAUGCACAUCGAACUUUCAGCAACAAAAGAUUACUCCAAGGUGCCCAUCAUAUCCAAGCUAGAGCCCACCAUGACCAUCGCUUCGGGUGUCAGCGCGCCCAAAAUCAUCACAGCUGUUGGAAGUGAUGGAGUUCGCUAUAAGCAGCUUGUCAAAGGAGGGCAUGACGAUUUACGACAAGACGCCAUCAUGGAACAAGUCUUUUCGGCUGUGUCAUCCCUGCUUAAGCUUCACAGGACAACUCAGCAGCGAAAUCUCAGUAUCAGAACUUACAAGGUACUUCCGCUCACAGCAUCUUCCGGAUUGAUUGAGUUUGUGCCCAACACAAUUCCACUUCACGAAUUCUUGAUGCCUGCUCAUGAAAGAUACUACCCAAAAGACCUGAAGGGCUCCCAAUGUCGUAAGGAGAUCUUUGGGGUCCAGGGCAGAGCAGUGGCGACACGCAUUAGUACCUACCGCAGGAUGACUGAGAAGUUCCAUCCAGUCAUGAGAUACUUCUUUAUGGAGAAUUUCAUGGACCCGGAUGAAUGGUUCCUCAAGAGGCUGGCAUACACAAGAAGCACCGCAGCUAUAUCGAUGUUGGGACACGUCCUCGGCCUAGGCGAUCGGCAUGGACACAAUAUCCUUUUGGACCACAAGACCGGAGAGGUGGUUCACAUUGAUCUGGGUGUAGCAUUUGAAGCAGGCCGGAUUCUACCGGUGCCUGAAAUGGUACCAUUCCGGUUGACCAGGGACAUUGUGGAUGGGAUGGGAAUUACCAAAACGGAGGGAGUGUUUCGCCGAUGCUGCGAGUUCACUUUGGACGCUCUCAGAGAAGAGCAGUACUCCAUCAUGACAAUUUUGGACGUGUUACGUUUCGAUCCUCUAUACACAUGGUCUAUCUCGCCGCUCAGACUGGCCAAGCUUCAAAAGGCAAGACACAACGAUGACAGUCCAAUGGACGACGAACAAAGCGAAGCCGAGACGAAAAAGGGCAAAAAGGCUGCAGGGCAUGUCAAUGAGCCCUCUGAAGCGGAUCGUGCUUUAGAGGUUGUGAGAAAGAAGCUUUCCAAGACGCUGAGUGUAACUGCAACAGUCAACGAUUUGAUAAACCAAGCGACCGAUGAGCGCAACCUGGCAGUUUUGUAUUCUGGAUGGGCAGCAUACGCAUGA